AUGACAAGCCUUCCGGUUACCUACUGCCCGCAUACAACCCCGCCCAACUCGGAAAAUCAAUCUGUGCAAGCACCAACCAAUCAAUUCUCUAUGACGGCUGGGUCGUUCCACCGCCCCGGCCAUUCUGGCAUCCGAGCUAUUCUCGAUGAUAUGUACACCAUUCUACCACCGGAGAGGCCUGGCAGGCCGGAAUACAAAAGGUGUAGGACUACGUUUGGCUUGAUGCGAUCGAUCUUCCGCAAGGCUGAGACAUCGGAAAACCUCGAAACCGAAUACAUUGAACUAGCUAAGCUUGAGCCUGCACUUCGCCAGCAGCUAGAAGGUCUCAAUUCUUGCAAAGGCAUACCAGAGAAGAUGAUGAAAUGUCUGGAUGAGCUCAAGAUCACUGUUGCGGUGAUGCUUAAGGGAGGGCUGACCCCAAAUGACAUCUCAUGUCAGAUGGCCGAGAAUGAGACGGAGCACGUUGAGCUGCAGGUUAUGGAUCCUAAGCCUAGGGUUGAAUCAAAUCAGAUCAAGAUUCCAGUCAAACUUAUUCCUGAGACCAAGCUGGACAGUCUUCGUGAGGAUCUCGCUGCAGCCAACGCUAAGAUUGUUCGCCUCAUCAAUGAGAACAAUUCUCUGACCACGAGUCUCCAACAGGUCACCUCCGAGCGCGACUCAUUAUUACGCCAGGCCGGGAAAUUAUCCUCCGCUCGGGGAUCGUGGUAG